AUGACUCUAGGGCCCAGCGACAACGUGCCCACGUCGGUCAAGGAGAUUUGGAAGAAUGCAAUCUUCCGAUUCCAAGAACGCACUGGCUACAUGCUCGGUUCCUCUGUAUCUAAAUCUCCAGAGGAUCUGCGAAAGGCCCUCGACUUGCAUUAUGGCCAGCAAGCAGGCGAUGAGCGGACGGCGAAAGCCAAAGACAUGGGACUGAAGAUAAUAUCAUGCAUCCAGCUUUUGGGCGGCAUGGCGGCAGACGGUGUCUCCGGGGUGUUCGCUCCUGCUCCUAUCUGUUUCAAAGCGUUGUCUUUUCUUCUCGAUAUCCCGAAGAAGAUUCACGAUUUUCAUGGCGAAAUAAAUGCAAUUUUUGAAGAAGUCGGCCCGGCGAUCGCCCAAUUCCGAAUCUAUCAGCGCAUGGAUGAAAACACGGGGAUUGACGAGCUCUUGCGAUCCUCCAUCUACGAGGUGAUGGUGAGCUUUGUGGAUAUUUGUGCAAACUGCAUAAAUAUUCAAAAGGAAGACCGAUGGAAGAGUUUGAAACGUAAUGCAAAGAGAGUGUUGCUAGAUGACCGUUCUGUCCAGACAGAGCUGGAGAAUUUCAAAACACUCACCCAGCGACAGUUCGACACUCAGGCGACUCUCACCUUGGAGGCUGCUCUCGACACAAAACAGUAUGUGGCCUUCAUUAAAACGACGACUGUUGAAAUUGGGACGGAUGCAAAAGCGAUCAAGACAGAUGUUUCCAGCCUGGUGGAGACCGAUCAAAAGCGAACUUUAGAUGAGACUCGAAAGAAGCAUUUAACUACCAUUAAAACCAAACUUGGGCUAAAAGACGAUCAAAUAGGCAGGGUAAUUGACGAGCGCGAGAAUAUUUGGAAAAAUUCGAUUGAGGAUAGCGGAAACUGGCUAAGCAGCCUCGAUCAGUAUAGACAAUGGAUCGACGGAACUAGUUCCGGAAACCUGCUUUUACUGACUGGAGAUCCAGGAACAGGAAAAUCACACUUGGUCUCUGCGAUCUGCUAUCAAAUCAAGGAAAUAAAAUCUGGAAACUUGACAUCCAAGGCUGAACGGAGCUUGGUUGGCUACUACUCCUUUUCCCUUGCUGCAAAAGAAAACAAACGCCGACCAGAGACGGCAGUCAAGAUCAUUUGCGCACAAUUAGCAGAGCAGGAUUCUGUCUAUGCAAAGAAUGUGGCUGCCAUUUGUGGGGAAAAGGAUGAAAAGCUAAGGGAUACAGCUGAGUGCAGUGACCUUUGGAAGACCUUGGGAUUUGACUCCCCGGCGAAGAACACGACCCAUUACAUUAUUUUGGACUCGAUUGGGAGCUUGGAUGGCCCAGAGCUCGAUAGGCUGAUUCGGGCAAUUAAACACCGGCCAGUCAUCGAUUCCGACGAAGAAGAGAAGGACAUACGCCUUCGAAUUCUUGUCACUGGGGAGCCCGAUGCAUUUCAAUCAGGAAACCUCGACGUGACGGAAAUUCCCACCAUUGAUAUCACACAGUAUAACAAAGACGACAUAAGCUUGUUUAUUGAAAAAGAACUACAGAAUAUGGAUCUUUUCCAGGGAGAGGAUGAAGACUCAAAGAGAUUGAAGAACACUGUUGAGGAACGACUCCUGGAGAGAUCAAAUAACAGCUACUUUACUGUUCGACAGGACCUAGAAAAGGUUAAAGAUAUAAGCACCUCCAGUGGUACAGAGGAGGAACUUAACCGAAUUUUACAAGAGUCCAAUGCCGGUCUGGAGGAAUUGGUGAGAUCGGACAUUGAAGCUCUUGAAGCUAUAUUGAAGCCGAGAGAGAUCGACGAGGUCAACGAGCUCCUCAUCUGGGUCGUUGCCGGAGCCGUAUUCUUUAGCUUCAAGGAGCUCACAGCUGCUCUAUUUCUUCGCUUCAAAACCGUGCCCCUCCAACCGCUCCUACAAAAGUUCACGAGCAAAUACUCGAAACUAUUUAACUUGGUAUAUGGAGGGGAACGACUCGCUAUCAAGGAUCUCGUCGAGAGCCAUGUUGUUGCUAAUAGAGACAAACAAAGGGAGUCUGCCGACGAUCCGAAGAUCACAGCAACCAUCACCAUCUCAAACGCGAGUGUCAAGGCAGCACAGCGCUUCUUCUGGGAUUUGAAUCACCACUCCUUUCUUGAGGGAUUCACAUUCAAAUCCGGAUCACAAUUUUAUGACACGAUCCCAGCCAAAAUUCAGUUAUAUGUUGUUGAUGCUCACUUUGAGAUUAUCAAGCGAGCAUUUGAUUUCUUCUGCCAACCGUCGGUAGACGACAGAGCAAAAGACAUCGGGUAUUAUUUGAUGGCGUAUAUUCCCAGCCACCUCGACUCCUUAUAUGAAGCAACCGGUUUCGACGAGCUUCAGGAGAAAGAUAAACAAUAUAUUGGGUCAUGUAUUACCGAAAUAUUCUCGGCAGGAGACUGGAUUGAAAAGAGCUGGGACUUCCGUGGGUGGACCCAGUGGUACCGCAACAGUGAAGAUAUCGCCAUCUUUUGGAAAUGGCUGGACGAUCCAAAGGCAACUAGCCAUCUGGGGUCUCUUGGAAAGAGUUGGCUAGCACGACUCAAGAACGAGACAGAUCGGAAUCAGGCUUUGCUGACUCCGAUUAUGACGACUAUUGCACGACACUGGCUACAAGAUACUGACUGGGAUCCGUGGGAUGCAUACACAUGGAUUAACGGCUUUCUCGAGAUGGGCGUCACAGAAUCACUUCCCGAAGAGGCAAGCGAGAACCUCGAAGAGGAAGGUGACAAUAAAUCAGCGUCUGAAAUAGACGAGGACCAAAGCGAUGAUGAUGCCGAAGAAGAUGAAGCAACAUCUAAAGGAAAUACGACUACGAUGAUUAGAAAAGCCGAAGAAUGGUGCAAACAAAUUCUAAAAGUGACCGAAGUGGAUUACAUUUGGUGCACUAGGAUGGGUACAACAUUUGCUCGUAGCUACGAUUUUCCCGCCGCCAUUGAGCUCUAUAUCCAGGCGGCUAGCAUUCUCCAAGCCGAGGAUCCCGUCGAUAAGGAAAAGCUGUGUGAUGUCUACAAAAAUCUGGGUGGAUGGUCGACCGAUUCAGACACGGCGAUAGGCUACUACAAAAAAGCGCUAGAGCAAGAUACAAACGUCAUAGAGAUCAUUUAUGUCAUGUGCAAACGAUAUAUCCAUGCGGGCAAGGGCGAGGAGGCGCAACUCAUCAUCCACAGGAUUGUGACCGAGAAGAUAUCUGAUUCGGAAUCAACGUCUCUUUCUGAGUUACUGAAAUUUACAACUAAUGACUGGGGUACAGGCAGCCUCCAAUUUUUCAUGGCUAUCAUAUUGCUUGCUUCGAUGUCCUCGGGGUGGUGGCCUGUGGUGGAGGGCGAGAUAGAGGCCGCGAUCAAGAAUGCACGUGAGGAGGGAAAACAGGAACUUCUUCCAAUCCUGCUUUUGAACUUGGGUAUCUUCGCCUAUCAUUGUCGUGAAAAGGGUUCUAGGGAAGAAUUGAGGAGAGCGGUAGGCCAUUGGCGUGAAUGUCUGGUCACACUGCAUCAAAUUUUUAAGGAGACGGAGGCCGAUCUAGAGCGACUCCAGCUUGUCGAGAGACAGGCCGUCGGCUACCUUAGCUUGGCUUAUUUCGAACAACAAGAAGAGGUCCCUCUCAGCGUCUUCAAAAGUGAUUGGAUAUCAUCAAACACGAAAUAUGUUGUUGCCUCGCAUUACACAUCGUGUGGACAGCGGAGUGAAGCACGGGAUUUGUUGAGAUCCGAAAUGGUCGAAGCAUUCAACAUUUUGUGUGAUGACGACAUUAGUAAUGAUGCCUGGGGAUUUUUCAAGCUAUCUCGUAUUCUAAAUCAGACUGGAGAUUUUGAUAAUGCCCGUAAAGCAAAUCUGCUGGCUCCCAGGUUGAAAUUUGACGGAGAAGUGUUGCAAACAUUUUUGGCAUCCAAGGAUGGGGGGUUGGACGAAGCGUCACAAAACAUCCUUGACUUUUACCAAAGCAACUGCCUAGACAGUGAUGACCCGAAACGAAAUCGUCGCAAGGUGUUGGGUGAAGUUAAGAGGCUGUUCGGGGCGACAGAUGGGGAUAGUGAAAAUGUUUCACGCUACAAGGAAAUUUUGGAUAUUCUCGGCUAUCUCGACCACAUGGGCAACGAAAGCUCUAUUUGCGAUAACUGUAACGCGGAGUGGGAUGACGAAACCUCGCUUAACACGUGCAAGAGGUGUUACAACCUGGAUCUCUGCGAUGCCUGUUUGGAUAAAUUGCGAUCAACGGAGACGGAGAUUACGGUUCUUGUAUGCAACAAAUCUCACGACUGGUGGAAUGGGGGGGUAUGGACUAUGGAGCGGUAUAUCCAGAGUUGUAAGAAGCUUGUACCGCUUGCAUCUGAGGAUGGUAGCAUCGAGCUUGUCUCGAUGUCAAAAUGGCUUGGAGUUCUGUGUGAAGAAUGGGGACUAUCGAAGGCUGAUUGGGACUUUGAGUAG